GCAUGUGACUGUGAUCACGCUGACAGGCACAGAGCACUCAUGCGUUUCUCUUCAGGUGUGAUCUUCAGGUCGAGCGUCUGGUUGGGCUUCCCGAGCUUUGUUGCCAACAUCUCAGUGGCCAACGGGACUGACGUGUGGCCCUCUGUCUUCUGCGUGGGCAGCGCGAUGUGGAUCCAGCUGUUAUACAGUGCUGGCUUCUGGUGGUUAUUUUGCUAUGCUGUCGAUUCUUACUUGGUGGUAAGAAGAUCAGCGGGACUGAGUACAAUUGUGCUGUACCACAUGAUGGCCUGGGGGCUGGCAGUUUUGCUCUGCGUGGAGGGUGUUGCGCUGCUUUAUUACCCGUCCCUUUCCAGCUGUGAAAGAGGCCUGGAGCACGCAAUCCCACAUUACAUCACAACCUAUGCCCCGCUCCUGCUGGUGCUGGUGGUCAACCCAGUCCUCUUCAGAAGGACAGUGACUGCAGUUGCCUCUUUACUGAAAGGGAGACAAGGGAUUUACACAGAGAACGAGAGACGGCUGGGGACGGAGAUCCAGAUGCGCUUUUUCAAAAUUAUGCUGGUAUUCAUUGUUUGCUGGUCAUCUAAUAUCAUCAAUGAGAGCCUUUUGUUCUAUCUUGAAAUGCAGCCAGAUAUCAAUGAAACACCUUUGAAAAACAUUAGAAGUGCUGCACUGAUUACAUGGAUUAUAAUGGGGAUUCUUAAUCCAAUGCAAGGCUUCCUCUUCACAUUAGCUUUCUAUGGCUGGACAGGAUGGAGAGUGGACCUGAAAUGGCAGAAGAGAGAAAUACCCUGGGAAUCAAUGUCCUCAUCAACGGUGGGUGACAAUGACUAUCCCUCACCAGUGAACUACCAAAGCAAUGUUCACGAUUCAAAGAAGAUAUCUUCCACUGAUAGCCAGCAGACUGAUGAGGCUAUAAGCAUGUUGUCUGAAGGUAACACUAGCGGUGAUGACAGGUUGACCAGGAGCUUUCCCAUCUACCAGGGCUGGUAGCUUAUAGGUGGAGAGCUGAAUCUCACUUCUCCCAUUGUCAAGACUCAUAAAACCAUGGCACUGUGUGAAUCAUUGCUCAUUCUGAAAUUUGGUUUGUGCCUGAUGGCUCAGUUUAAUUUCCUGUAGCUUUUGUUCAUGUGUGAGACUGUGUAAGAUGCAGAGACAAGAUAGUUAAUGUCUUCACUUGCUUUGUAAGAGAUGUGUAGCAACUUACAAAGGCCUGAUAGCUUUUAGCAGGACUGUGUCUCUGCAGGGAUCUGUUACUUACAAUUCAUCUGUUUUCUUUCAAUCUCUCCUGUAACCUCCGUAUGGUAGAAGAGUCUUUCGUUUAAAUAAACAGACUAUUAAUA